UGCAAGGAAGUGUUCACGUCACUUCUCAGUCCACAAUGUUGCUAUUAGCUAACAGUAAAAUUUGAUUUCUAAUCAAUAUGUUUUUCAAAAACCAACGAUUACUAUUUCAGGGCUCAACGCUGUGUUUGGUAAACAGUACAUGAGCCAUUUCCGCACCGAAGAGGCCUGGAAUCUGAGCUUAGUUUCGUUGUCAGCCUUCUGAACAGCAGCAGAAUGGAUGAGAAAUACAGCAGUAAUGUCAUCUCCGGUGGAAAACUGGGGCGAGUUGAGGCUCCAAAUGCCAGGCUGACCCGGUACAUAGUGCUGCUCUUCUUUACCAAGCUGCUGAAGGCCUUUGGGAUAUUUGAGUCCUAUGACCUUCUUAAAGUUGUGCACAUUGUACAGUUUCUCUUUAUACUGAAAUUGGGGUGUGCCGUGAUAUUGAUUUUCUUUCAAAAGCCAUUCUCAUCAGGAAAAAUGAUACCUAAAAGACAGUGGAUAAAAAUCCUCAAACACUCGGUCAUGAGCUGCGUCAUUUCCCUGUUGGGGUUCUUCGGGUUGACGCUCUGUGGCCCACUCAGGACACUAUUACUGUUCGAGCACAGUGACUUGGUGGUGAUCUCGCUCCUCAGCGUUCUUUUCACUAGCUCUGGAGGGGGACCUUCUAAGACAAGGGGUGCUGCUUUCUUCGUUAUAGCUGUCAUCUGCUUAUUGCUGUUUGACAAUGACGAUCUCAUGGCAAAGAUGGCAGAGCACCCUGAAGGACACCAUGACAGUGCUCUUACCCAUGCGUUGUACACAGGAAUUGCGUUUCUAGGAGUGGCGGACCACAAGGGUGGAGUGGUUCUCCUGGUUCUGGCUCUGUGCCUGAAGGUGGCCUUUAACACAGCAUCUAGAAAACUAUCAGUGGAGAUAGGUGGUGCGAAGCGCCUUUAUGCUCUGUCUAACCUGGUGUCCUCCGUAGUUUUGCUGCCUUGGGUCAUAGUGCUGUCUGCAACCACUGAGAGUAAGGUGGAAUCCUGGUCAGGCCUCAUCUUGCCGUUCUUUAUGAUCAUCUUCUCUGUGAUGAUACUUGACUUUUACGUGGAGUCCAUCUGCACGACAAAGCUGGAAGCUCCACGCUGUGCCCGCUAUGGCUCUAUGUUCCUGUUCCUCUGUGGCCUGCUGCUGGCUAACUUCUGGACCCAUCCAUUAACUGACCAGCUCAGAGUUAUAAGUAAAACAGUCCAGCAGAGUAGCACUGAGCAUGUGCUGUCGGGUGGGGUGCUGGUUAGCGCUUGCUUCUUCAUCAUGGCCGACUGUGUGUUAUCAGCCCCAUCAUCAAAGGGACAGAAAGGUACACUGGUGGGUUACUCUCCUGAAGGAACACCUCUUUAUAACUUCAUGGGAGACGCCCUCCACCACACAUCUCAGUCUAUGCCUCGCUUCAUCAAAGACUCCCUUAAACAGAUCCUGGAGGAGUAUGACUCACGACAGAUCUUCUACUUCCUCUGCCUUAACCUGGCCUUCACAUUCGUAGAGCUCUUCUAUGGUGUUUGGACCAAUAGUCUGGGGCUGAUCUCGGAUGGUUUUCACAUGCUGUUUGACUGCUCAGCUCUGGUGCUGGGACUUUUUGCUGCCCUCAUGACCAGAUGGAAGGCAACCAGGAUAUAUUCCUAUGGGUAUGGUCGUGUGGAAAUCCUCUCUGGAUUUAUCAAUGGCCUGUUUCUCAUGGUCAUAGCUUUUUUUGUGUUCAUGGAGUCAGUCACCAGACUUAUCGAUCCACCAAACAUCAACACAGAUAUGUUGACGCCGGUGUCGGUCGGCGGACUCAUCGUUAAUCUGGUGGGUAUUUGUGCUUUCAGCCAUGCUCAUUCUCAUGGAGCCUCCAAAGGAAGCUGCUCUGGGCAUGAGCACGGCCACUCUCAGCACGGGCAUGCAGAACACAGCCACGGAGGCCAUGGACACAGUCAUGGAGGACAUGGACACUCACAUAGCCACGGCCAUUCCCAUGGAUCUUCUGGAGGAGGAAUGAAUGCUAAUAUGAGAGGAGUGUUUCUUCAUGUGCUUGCCGACACAUUGGGCAGUGUUGGUGUGAUUAUAUCCACAAUUCUCAUCAGGCAGUUCGGAUGGCUGAUCGCAGACCCCAUUUGUUCUCUUUUCAUUUCCACGCUAAUUUUUCUCAGUGUCAUUCCUCUUAUAAAGGAUGCUUGUGAGGUACUUCUGCUGAGAACUCCACCUCAGCAAGAAAAAGAGCUCAACCUUGCUCUUGAGAAGAUUCAGAAAAUAGAAGGGGUUUUGUCCUACCGUGACCCACACAUUUGGAGACAUUCCGCCAGUGUCAUUGCUGGGACAAUUCAUCUUCAACUCAUGUCUGAUGUGUUUGAACAGCGUAUUAUUCAACAGGUGUCAGCUGUGUUUAAAGAUGCUGGUGUUAAUAACCUGACUAUUCAACUGGAAAAAGAGGCCUACUUUCAGCACAUGUCUGGCCUUAGCACCGGAUUCCACGAGGUUCUAACCAUGACACAACAGAUGGAGUCCAUGAAAUAUUAUAAAGAUGGCACAUGUAUCAUGUAAACGGUUGCAUUAAAAAAAAUAUAGUGAAAUAAAGGGUUUUAAGAUGUA